GUGAGUGUGCGCGAGUCGCAUGGCGGUUGUCGAAGUGUACACAUAGAAAGGAAUACAGUCAUGUUGUGAAUUGGAAAUGAUGUUUUUGCUCGGAAUUACUGCUAUUCUGGAUUAAUUUGAAGGUAUGUGAAAAAUGGGAGCAGUCAGGCAGUCAAAAUGGUGUCGAAGAAUUAUGUUGCACACCAUCUUUGUCAUUGCCACGGCAAUGCUAGGCAUUGGCAAUGGAGCUGCAGGAAUCGCUAUCGAUGAUACCUUCCAAUUCACACAUGCCACAUAUAAUGCUACCAUAUAUGAAAAGGCACCAGGCAAGACAUAUGUCACGUCAUCGAGGAAGAUGGGCAUUUAUUCAAUGCGGACGACAGACGUCAGAUAUAAAAUAUUUGACGGAGAUCGGCGAAGUCUGUUCAAAGCAGAAGAAAACAGAGUUGGUGAUUUUCACUUUCUUAGGGUGAGGACACAUUCAAGUUCCCAUGGGGUACUAAAUAGAGAGUUUGAGGAUAGAUAUCAUUUAAAGAUUAAGGCCAUUGGCCAGACUAACUCAGGGUCAUCACUGACAGCUACUACAGAUCUCAUCAUAACUGUUCUGGAUAGAAACGAUCUCAGUCCACUUUUUUACCCCGAGAUCUAUAACAAAUCUGUGAGUGAGGAUACACCAUUACAUUCCAGUGUGGUACAAGUGUUUGCGUUAGACAGUGAUAUUGGUAUCAAUAAAGAAAUUUAUUACAGUUUUAGGAAACGGACACGAACAUUUGCUAUUCAUCCAACAACAGGGGUGAUAACUCUAACACGACCUUUAAAUGUUUUCGAGGAAAACGAAUAUCACCUUGAUGUGAUAGCAGAAGAUAGGGGACCAAAACAUCCAGAUCUUAAACCAAAGAAUUGCACUGUUAACAUUGAGGUUUUGGAGGCAAACUUUCACGCUCCCCAGAUAAUAGUGCAACAUUUACCAGCAGUUGUAGAGAACGGUAGUAAAGGAACAGUUUAUGCUAUAAUUACAGUUACUGAUGAGGACCAAGGGGACAAAGGGGUCAUCAGUGAUGUCUCAAUUAUUGAUUCUGAAAAUGUUGACCAGAGUUUGUUUAGAAUUGAAGAAACAUCCAACCCCAGUGAAUAUAACUUAGUUGUUUUGAAAUCUUUAGAUAAGGAAAUAGCUCCAGAUGGAUAUGACCUUGAAAUUGAAGCGACUGAUUCUGGGAUUCCUCCAAAAUCAAUGAGAACAAUGAUUCAUGUUGACAUUUUGGAUAUCAACGAUAAUAAGCCUCUGUUUGAGAAAGAUCAGUAUGAGGCGAGUGUGGAAGAACUAUAUCCAAUGGGAACAUCAGUGCUAUACUUGAAGGCUAUGGAUAAAGACUUCGGCCGAAAUUCUGAGAUAACUUACGCGAUAGAAUCAGGAAACGACAACAAAUUAUUUACCAUUCACAAAGAUACCGGGUUGAUAAGUACAUCUGCAAGACUUGAUACUGAAACCGUUCCCGUGGUAACAUUAGUGGUCAGUGCAGUAGAUCACGGUCACCGAGGUUCCACAAGAAAAGGCAAUACUGUGGUUAAUAUCACUGUCAUUGACUGCAAUGACAAUGCUCCAGCAUUCAAUCUUUCUGACUCCAUUAUUCUCAUGGAGGAGAAUCUUCCGGUUGGAACCCAAGUAGCAACUAUCACUGCCACAGAUGCAGACCAAGGAGGUAAUGGACGUGUCAGUUACUCCAUUGCAAACAUCAACUCUGUCCCUUUUGAAAUCGAUCACUUCACAGGAACAAUUAAAACUACUGAGAGAAUGGAUUAUGAGACCAUGAGAAGAAUUUACAAAGUAAAAGUCCGAGCCUCCGAUUGGGGUACUCCAUUCCGACGGGAAAGUGAGAUUACUCUUGAUAUCCAGCUUACAAAUAUAAAUGACAACAUCCCAAGGUUUGAAAAGAUGCAGUGCUCUGGUUAUCUCUCAAGAGAGGCUCCAAUUGGAACAGAACUUGCUGUCAUCACUGCCAUCGAUUUUGACAAUGACAUCUUGACCUAUCGAAUAGAAUCGGGCAAUGAUGAUGGCUGUUUCGAUAUUUUACCUACAACUGGUACCCUUUUGUUAAACUGCUCCAUGGAAGAUGAACCUGAAAAUGAAAAGAGAGUCACUGUGGUAGCUACAGAUGGAAACUUUGUUUCUAGCGAGUCCAGUAUGCAAAUAACGCUGGUAAACAACCGUCAAAAUUCUCAACUGUCCAAUAGUGAUGCUAAUGUUAGGUGUCAGCCCACCAAUGUGUCUCAUGAACUGGCAAAACAGGUGCAGAUCAUGCGUGAAAAUAACCAGCCUCUCGCAGACGAAUCCACGACACAGUUAAAUAUCAAUCCUAACAUUUAUGACCCUACAUUCAGUUCAACACAGGUCACUAUUUUGGAUAUCUCGGAAGGAGUUGAGGUUGGUACGUCUAUUUUGACAGUACAAGCUGAUGAUGCUGACCCUGGUUUUAAUGGGAGGUUAAACUUUGUUAUCCUGGAUGGAGACCCACACAAUCAAUUUGAUAUUGAACCAAAUAAAGGACAGCUCACAGUCAUCUCCAAACUUGACCGUGAAUCCAUUCCAAAAUAUGACCUUGAAAUUAUGGCCAUUGACCAAGCAGAUGAGGGGUCUCAAAGGUCAUCCACCAUUCUCAUUUCUGUGAAUUUACUUGAUGAAAAUGAUAAUCCUCCAAUCUUCGAGGAGGGUUUUAAUGAGAUCAAUGGAAACAACAAGGUUCAUAUAUCUGAAAAUAUCCUCGUCAAUGCUACCAUUUCGCAGCUGAUUGCACAUGAUCGAGAUCUAGGAGUAAAUGGUAAGGUGAUGUAUUCUUUAGGAACAAAUAUCAAUAAGUUUUCUAUUGAUGCCGACAGUGGCAUUGUCAGGAUUGCUCAGUCACUUGAUAGAGAGGAGAUGGCAGUGUACUACUUGCCAGUUGUGGCCUCAGAUAAGGGCGAAAAACCCCUAUCUUCCACUACGACUCUCACCAUUGCCCUCGAUGAUGUAAACGAUGAAGUUCCAAAAUUUAUUCCAGACCAUUAUGACCUUAAGAUUCGUGAGGAUUUACCUAUUGGUACUGUGGUUACCAUAGUGAAAGCGGAGGAUCCAGACCAAGGUGAUAAUGGCAAAGUCGCCUACAGACUAACCUAUGGAACAGAGGAUAAAUUUGAAAUUGACGAACUUACUGGUGUGAUCAGAAUCUUGGACAGUCUUGAUUUUGAAUCUCAGCAGAUCUAUAAUAUCAGUGCUGUAGCGGAGGAUGGGGGUGGUUUGGUUUCGGCCUGUUUCAUUAAUAUAGAAGUCAUAGAUGUAAAUGAAAAUCUGGAGCCUCCUGUGUUCUCAUCUUAUUGUGAAACCGGGUUUGUUCAAGAAAACCGUCCAGUUGGAGUUUUUGUUCUGCAAGUGAGCGCUAGUGAUGCAGAUUCUGAAAUAGAUCCAAGGAAUUUUUUAACAUACUCCAUCCGUGAUGGAUCAGGCCUGGGACGUUUUACAAUAGACAACAAUGGUACAAUACGCACAAGUCAGAUUCUGGACCGUGAGACAGCAUCUCACUACUGGCUAACUGUAUACGCCCAAGAACACGCCCCUGUACCCCAACAUGCCCGUCUUGAGGUCUUUGUCAAGGUAAUAGAGGUCAAUGACAAUAGCCCACAAUUCCUCCACCCGAUCAACUACAUGGCCAUCAUUGAGAAUUCAGCGUCAGGUCUUGUAGUUGGAAACAUCACUGCCCAUGACAAGGACAACAAUCCCACAGAAAGACUGACCUAUAGUAUCACCAAGGGCAACACAGGGCAAUAUUUCUCUAUCAACAUAACCACAGGCGUGAUAUUCACAACUGAACACACACUCGACAGAGAGGUGAAGGAAAGUCAUACACUGGAGGUAACUGUUAGUGACAAUGGAACACCAAGCCUCACAUCGGUCACAAGAGUAAUGGUCAAGGUCCUUGACAAAAAUGACAACAAGCCAAAGUUUCUCCAACGGAACUACAAAGUCAACAUCAUGGCCAAGUCCCCUGGAAGUAAGCCCAUGCCUGUUCUUCGUGUGUUUGGGGAUGACAAAGAUACCGGUAAAAACGCACAGAUUACAUACAAGAUUCGGGGUAGGGAACAGACGGAGUUCACCAUCAAUGCCACAACUGGUAUGAUCUAUGCAGUAGAAGCCCUAGAACCUAAGAUGUAUGAGCUCAAGAUUCGUGCCACAGACAAUGGGGAUGUGAAGAAGAGGAGUAAAGUUCGAGCCCAGAUCAUAGUGGGACCUCGACUUCUCAGCUCACCCAAUGCACCUAGAUUUGACCAAUCAGUUUACCUGUUUGAACCGGUGUCCGAGAACUGUAAGCUGGGCCAGAUGCUGGGGUUGGUUACUGCCAGAGACCCUGAUAAGGAUAGGAUUUGGUUUUCCAUAAUCGGUGGUGAUGACAACAGUGACUUCGUCAUCAGUCCUAUCGAUGGCAGUGUGCACCUGGCACGAUACCUUGAUCGGGAGACGAAAGAGAUCUACAAUCUAACAGUUGCUGCCACAGAUGGUGUCUACGAGGCUCGGGCCAAUGUUGUUCUCCGAGUUCUGGACAGUAACGACAAUGCUCCGAUGUUUACUCAGCCUCAGUUCAGCGCCAACGUGUCCGAGAAUGCAGCCAUUGGGACCACAGUACUUCAGGUCUCGGCCAUUGACCGUGACAAAAACAGCCGAUUAUUUUACACUAUCCUGGCAACAGCAAACAGCAUCACUGACAACAAAUUUGAAAUAAACUCUGAAACAGGUGUAAUCCGAGUGAACCAGGAGCUUGAUCGUGAGGUACAGUCAGUUCACCAGUUGACAGUGAUGGUGCGUGACCAAGGGAAACAGUCUCACAGGAACUACACCUAUGUCUCUAUCCAUGUGUUGGACCAUAAUGACUUUGCUCCAGAAUUUCUGGAAGACGUUGUCGAGGGCCGUGUGUUUGAGACAGCAGCCAUUGGUACCUCAGUUGUUGAGGUCAUGGCAAUUGACAAAGAUAAAGGUCAAAAUGCAGAGUUAUCUUUCUCCAUCACAUCAGGAAACAUUGGAAGGAUGUUUGAAAUUGAUGAAACUCUAGGAAUAAUCACUGUCGCACAGGAGCUUAACAGAGAUGAGAUGUCUUCCUACCAGCUGACUGUCAUGGCAACAGAUCACGGAUCUCCACCCCUUAGCAGUACUGUAUCCGUUACGAUAUUAGUCACCAUAUCUAACAAUGCUGCCCCAAAGUUUGUUUCUGCCAUGUUUAUGGCGGAGGUUCGAGAGAACUGCCCCCUGGGAAGUCAUGUGGUACCCGUGGAGGCACUAUGUCAGUCAUCCAUGUUGUUUGACAUCAUCAGCGGUAAUGAGGAUGAGGUAUUUAGCAUCAACCCAAACUCGGGUAUCAUCUAUACGAAGGAUGAAGUGGACUAUGAGACACGUGACCAAUACAACCUGACGGUGUCAGCAACCAACAUUGUAGGUGCAACCUCAACUGUUCGCGUUGUCAUCCUGGUACUCGACCUCAAUGAUAAUGCACCAGUGUUUGACGAGACCAUGUGCGAGGGCAAGAUAAGCGAGAGUGCCCCUGUUGGCAGUGUGAUUCUCAGCAUGAGUUUGGAACCCCUGGUUGUACAUGCAACUGACCUUGAUUCCUACAAGAACGCACAUGUGACCUAUAAAAUAACUGACCCAAAAGGCAGCAGGUACUUCUCUGUGGAUUCUGCCACUGGAGCAAUUAAAAGUAUGGCUGCCCUUGACCAUGAAGAGUUUGACAAGAUCGAGUUUUACGUGUAUGUAUGGGAUAAGGGCUACCCACAACUACAGGCCGUCGAGCCUGCAAAAGUUGUCAUCCAUAUCCUCGACAUGAAUGACAACCCACCAUACUUUACACAACCAUCAUAUCAUGCUGAUAUUUUACUGCCAACAACGGAAAAUGUCGAAAUAAUCAAACUGAAUGCUACGGAUAUUGAUUCAAUCAACAUUGACACUUUAGUUUAUAGCAUUGUGGAUGGUAAUGCAGAUGAAAAGUUCAAGAUUAAUUCUCAAACUGGACAGAUAUUUAUAAAAAAUAAAGCUGAUUUACUGGAAAGUUAUGAAUUAAGUGUUGAAGUUACGGAUGGAUUAUUUAAAUCGGCUUCCACAGUGACAAUAUCGAUAACCUCACCAGAGGAGGAGGUGUUCGUAUUCAGUAAACCUGUUUACUCUGUCAAUAUAACAGAGAAUACUCCAGGUCCUCAGACACUCACAGUCAUCCAAGUACUUGAUCCCAUGAACCAGCACCUAGUGUUCACAUUGUUGAACCACCAGGAUUUGUUCAGUGUUGUCCUGACUUCGGGAGUUCUUCAGACAAAGGAGCGGAGUUUUGACCGAGAAGAAAACACAUUAUAUACCCUGGUUGUAUCAGUACGGGGAGAGUCGGGGCAGAUUGCGCAUGUUCUUGUCGAAGUGAACAUUAUGGAUGAGAACGACAAUGAUCCACAGUUUGUGAACCAGCCGUAUGAUACAGUGGUAGCGCUCGGUCUGCAGCCCGGAGAACUUGUCAGACAGGUUACAGCUAUUGACCGUGACAGUGACAGCAAUGGACUGGUCAAGUUUACUGUUGUGACCGAUUACCAGGACAGAUUCAACAUUGGAACCAAUGAUGGAAGAAUUACUCUGACCAAUCCUCUUGACCAGGCUGACCAAAAUAGGGACUUUGUGCUGACCAUCAGGGCUAGUGAUGAAGGUAUUCCUCCUCGAUCUGUAGACGUCAAUGUAACCAUCUCAGUCAUUAGUGAUGCCCAUCCUCGCUUUGAGCAGCAGUUUUAUACAACGACUGUCCGAGAGGAUGUCCAGCUCCACACCCCAGUCAUUAGUGUGCGGGCAGUCAGUCCCAAUGGACACAAGCUCAUCUAUACCAUUAUCAGUGGCGACACCUACAAAGAUUUUGAUGUGGACUUCAACAUAGGCACGGACGUACUCGGCCCGUGUGUAGUGGGUGUGGUCAGCCCCCUUGACUAUGAGGUCACCAAAGGUUAUGAGCUUGUUGUCCAGGCAGCCGACGUAAAGACUAGUGCUACUGCUACAGCUACCAUCAGAGUCAUUGUUACUGAUGUAAACGAUAAUGUCCCAGUAUUUACCAACUACAAGUACACAGCCCUACUGUCGGAGGCAGUGGGCGUAGGGAUGUCUGUUGUCAAGGUACACGCUGAUGAUGAUGACCUUGGAAGUAGUGGACUUGUAUACUACAGUAUAGAACCACUUUCAGAUGGUAGCACUGACCCUGAUUUCUUCACCAUCGACAGUCACACCGGGCUGAUCACUCUUAUACAGCCACUUGACCAUGAGGUGCAGGCCGACUUUACAUUUGUGGUGCGGGCAACUGACGGAGGUCUUCCUGCCUCCAGCAGUACCGUUUACGUACAUGUGAUCGUGGAAGACUUCAAUGACAAUGCGCCCCAGUUUGACCAGCCCUCAUAUGACUGUUCCAUCACUGUGCAGACGACUGGUCAGAUUGUCACCAGGGUAACAGCCUCUGACCCCGACAUCAGUAGCCAAGGCAACCUGAUGUAUGCUAUUGUUGGAGGUAAUGAUGACCAGACAUUUCAUAUGAAUGCUCAGACAGGAUUGGUGACACUGACUGGUCGGAAUGGAGACAAUUACUACCAUGCCUACACUGUCAACGUGUCUGUCUCCGACGGUGUCUUCACCAGCUUCACUCGUGUUGGCAUUACGAUCCAGGAUGGUAACAAGCACACACCCAUGUUUCAGGAACAACCCUACCAUGCUUCUGUCGACGAAAAUCUUGGUCCGGGUAUACUCGUCACUACAGUGUCUGCCAAUGAUGGUGACCAUGGCAACAAUGGCCUCCUUACCUAUACUAUCACCAGUGAUCACAUGAUGCAGUUCUUCAGCAUUGAUGCGGACACCGGAGAAAUAUUUACAGAACACAUGUUUGAUCGAGAAGUAGAAGACACAUACCUGGUCCCUGUGGCAGCCAUUGACAAUGGUGGGAGAAUGGGUUUCACCAUGGUGGAGAUCUCGAUCACUGACAAAAACGAUAAUAUCCCAGCAUUCACUGCCCAGGACUAUCGUGCUGUCGAAGCAUAUGAUGCAGCCAUCAACACAACCAUCAUACAGGUAACUGCCCGUGACCGUGACCUUGGGGACAAUGGUCGGAUUGUUUAUCAGCUCCAUGAUGACAAUGUGGCUCAGUAUGUGUUUGUCGACCCCAACACUGGUGAUGUCAAAGUCAAGGCCGACCUGACACCAAAAAUGCAUUCCGUGAUGCAGUUCUUCAUCAGUGCGGUGGACUUUGGAGAGAUCCCACUCGAGAACAACGUACCGGUGGAGAUCUACGUGAUGGGUCCUGAAGAGGUGGCUCCUCGCUUCCCUCAACCCAAAUACAUAUUUGUGGCCCCAGAGAACACAGAUAAGUUUAACUUCAUCCGGACAAUCACAGCUGAGAGUCAGCAGCCAGUCCACUACAGGGUGGUACCAGGUAGUAAUCCGGAGACCAACCAUCCACAACUCUUCACUGUGGACGACUCUGGUAAUAUCCACCUCAACGGUGACCUUGAUGCAGAGGAUGUGUCACAAUACACCUUAACUAUGCUAGCUUACACAGAGGCCUCACCAUCCCUGGUCAGUCACACAGAGGUAUACUUCCAGAUCACCGGCAUCAAUGACAACGCCCCACAGUUCGAGUCUAACCCCUACACUGCAAGUCUGGUGGAAAACUCCAAACCAGGGAUCAGAAUCAUACAGGUCAGGGCGUUUGACCUUGACAAGCCUGAGACUUUGACCUAUAGAUUUAGUGAUGGCAUGGAGGAGAUUUCUCAGGUGUUUAACAUUGAUCAGGAUACUGGCUGGAUAAUGCUGCUGUCUUCGGUAGACCGUGAAGUGAAAAGCAACUAUAACCUAUCUGUCACAGUGGAAGAUACGGAGGGUUCCAUCACCAAGACGAGCGUGACUUCUGUCCUGAUAGAGGUGAAGGAUUAUAACGAUAACCCACCAGUAUUUCAGAGCCGCCACUACCAGGCUGCAGUCAAUGAGCUGGCAGAACCAGGAACCGUCCUGUUGCCUUUACAUGUAUUUGAUGCUGACAGUGAACAGAAUACGCAUAUCAGUUACUUCAUCAUCGACGGGGACCCACACGGACGCUUUCAGGUGUAUCACACAGGCGAAGUCUGCGUCAGCCGACCACUCGACCGUGAAAAGGUCACAACCUACAACCUGCAGAUAGCUGCCACUGAUGGUGGCCUAAGUUCCAUGACAACUGUUACUGUGGAUAUCCUCGACGACAAUGACAACAGUCCUGUUUGUGGACAGCCGUACCAUGAAGUUGUGUUAUCCGAAGAUGUGUUGCCAUCUGACAUCAUCACUCGAGUCCAUGCCACUGAUGCAGACGAUGCCUCUACCAUCAACGCCAAGGUCCGCUAUCUACUCUCUCGUGAGCAGGAUAGAGAGAAAUUCACUGUGGAUGAAACUACAGGAAUACUGACCAUAAGGGACAGCCUUGACCGUGAAGAGGUAGCCAAGUAUGAUGUGGUGGUCAGUGCUGUAGAUGGAGGUCAAAGGUCAUGUGACACUCAGGUUUUCAUACAACUGAGUGAUGUUAACGACAAUCGUCCUGAAUUUGUUGAUGCACCAACAGAUUUCUUGUUGUCGGAGUCGGCGGAAAUCAACACCUUGCUGCUCCGAGUGACAGCACAGGAUGCUGAUCUGGGUAUCAACCGCCAAGUGAAGUAUCGCCUAACAGAUGAUGGCAAUGGUACAUUUGCUGUGGACUCAGAGACAGGAAUACUCAUGCUGAAGGCACGGGUGGACCGAGAAAUGGUACCAUCUUAUCGACUUGUCCUACAGGCUAGUGACCAAGGAACGCCCAGCCUCUCUUCUGAAACUGUCCUACGUGUCCUUCUACAGGAUGAGAACGACAACCCUCCUGAAUUUGUCCGUAAUAGUUACAGUGAAACCUUGGAAGAAAAUGUCAAGCCAGGGACAUGGGUCACACAGGUACAGGCUACCAGUAAGGAUAUUGGACAGAACGCGGUCAUGACCUAUUCCAUCGUUGGUGGCAACAAGCAGGAAAAAUUCUCGCUCAAUCCUGACACAGGAUCAAUCUAUGUCCUUGGAGAACUAGACUUCGAGGCUACACAUCAGUACAUCCUUACGAUUGUUGCACGAGACCACGGUGUUGUACCUCUCAGCAGCUCUGCCUAUGUCACCAUCAAUGUGACCGAUGUCAAUGAUAACACACCUGCCUUCACGCAAGCCAGCUACAGUGUGCGGGUCAAUGAGUCGGAAAAGGUUGCUUCCAUUGUUGUCAAGGUUAGUGCCAGUGAUGCUGAUAGUCCCCCCAACUCUGUGCUGUCCUACUCAAUCUCAGAUGGUGACCGCCUGGACAAUUUUGAAAUCAACCCAAAGGAUGGUACAAUCCGAAUCAAGACUCCACUAGACAGAGAAUCGCUGUCCCGAAUAGUCCUGAUGGUCAAGGCUAAAGAUGGUGGUCAGCCCAGCUUGACAGCUGAGGCCUCUGUCCAAGUGGACAUCAUAGACGCCAACGACUGCGCUCCACGUUUCUCAGAGGACAACUACACUGCCAUCGUACAGCGUCCUCCUCAAGGCCUCGAGGAUAUCCAUAUUGGAUAUGAUAUCAUUGGCUUCCUGGUGACUGAUGACGACCUUCACCCCAACGGGGAACCAUUCACCUUUGACAUUGUCAAUGGCAACGAGGGAGGAGAGUUCCGUAUUGACUCACAAGGCGUCCUGACAACAGCUAGCAAAUUCAACCACAACAUAAGGAGUUUGUAUCAACUUGUCCUGCGAGUAUUCGACAAUGGGUAUCCAUCCCUCUACACCGAUGUACCAGUCACUAUAACAGUAACAGAGAAAGGCAGUCACCCACCACAGGUAGCUAACCUGGAGGUCACCAUCAACUCCUAUCUGGACACGUUUCCUGGCGGUUUGAUUGGUCGACUAGAGGCCACUGAUAUGGACAGAUUUGAUAUCCUCACGUAUGAAGUGGUCUCACAGAAUCGUCAUCUCUUUGAUAUUGACAAGGACGAUGGCAGACUGGUGGCUUACGAAGGUCUCGAUGCUGGUGAUUACCUUGUAAAUAUCAGUGUUACAGACGGACACUACAUCAGCUACGGUCGAGUGUACGUUGAUGUGGUGGCCAUCACAGAAAAGAUGUUAAACAAUGCUGUGACUAUCCAGUUUCAGAACCUCACACCACGCGACUUCAUUCAGCACUUCCAGAAUGAUUUCCGUAAAGCAGUCCGUAAGAGGCUUGGCAUUAAGAAGCGUGAUGUCCAGAUCAUCAAUGUCCAGGCAAGUCAGCCCUUAGAUGGACAAAACCGUAGGAGGAGAGAGGCCGGUUCUGACCUUGAUGUUCUGUUUGCUGCCAGGAGGGGUCCCAAUAGCUACUAUUCCAGUAAGUUAUUGAGGAAGAAGAUAAUGCAAAUAACUGGAGAUAUCGAACAGGCACUCGGGGUCACUGUCAUUGAUGUUUUCAAUGAUAUCUGUCAUAGCGACCUUUGUCCGGAUGGCAAGUGUGUUGGAGAGCUGGUGUUUGACAAGAAGAGUCAGACACCCAUCGUCAUGGAUGUGGGGACGUUUGUAACAGCACGGCAUUCCUACACCCACAAAUGUGUGUGUACAGACCAGUCUCGAGGUCCAUCGUGUGAGAACCCUAGAGUCGGAAGUCAGUGCCUGCCAGGUCAGCCCUGUAUUACAGAAUCAACAGAGCCAGAGAUUUGUACUGACUUCUCUUGUUACUCAGGAAACAAACCAAUGACAUUCAUGGGACAGAGUUAUGCCAAGUGGACACUACAGGAUGCCUUCAGUAUAGAACAGCGACUGAGUCUGUCACUGAGGAUCAAGACACGCCGGUCCACGGCCAACAUCAUGUUCGCAAAGGGCAAUGUUGACUACAGCAUCCUUGAGAUAUUUAAUGGUAUGGUACAGUACCAGUUUGACUGUGGUAGUGGUCGUGGCCUUGUCCAGAUUCCCGUCCACGUCAAUGACGGUAAGUGGCACACCAUCAGUUUGGAGAGACGCGGUCGCAUGGCAGAAGUGUCCCUGGAUGGUGAGUUCUCCAACAUGGAUAUCGCGCCUGGCGUCAAUGACUACAUCAACCUCAAUACCAAGGAUGUUUACUUUGGUGCAGAGGUUGUGGCUCAAGGUUACCGACAUACAGUCCAGCGAGGGUUUGAAGGAUGCAUGGAGGAUGUCAAGCUGUGGAGUGUUCGACUUCCAUUUGAGGGUAGCAAUGCUGUCGUCACCAGCCAAGAGUUUAAACAAGUUCAAUUCCACUGUAAAGACAGUUCCAGUGGUAUUGAUGGCACAAACAUCUGCAGUACUUUCCCCUGUAUGAAUGGUGGAACAUGUCAGAACUCAGGCAUCAACUCCUACAUCUGUGUCUGUCCUGACAGAUACUAUGGAGCCAAGUGUGAGAUCGAUUCAGACCCAUGUGCCAACUCGCCGUGUCGUAACAAUGCCAAGUGUCAGAACAUCAAAGACAUGCCCAAUGAGUUUGAAUGCUCCUGUCCCGGGGAGCUGAAGGGUAAGCUGUGCGAGUAUGGUCAGCAUUGUAUCCCCAACCCCUGUCAACAUGGAGGAACGUGUGUGGAGGGACCCAACCGAGCCAUCUGUAUCUGUCAGACCGGAUUCGAAGGUCCACUAUGUACAACAAGGGUGAAUCCAUGUCGCAACAAUCCGUGUCUCCAUGGUGGCCUGUGCCACAACAUAGAGGCCACAUACAUCUGUAACUGUACCAGUACAAGGAAUGGCGAUAACUGCCAGAACAUCAUCGUACCAGAAAUCACUUCUAAUGCUGCAGGCAUCACCCAGGAAACACUGUUUGGUAUUGUGGGUGUGGCAGUAGCAUUGAUCCUGCUGGCCUUCCUGUUUGUCAUGAUCCAGUGUUACCGACGUAGGAAUAACCGUCGUCGUGGUCACGGUAACCGACACAACAGCGAGGAGAGAGACAUGAUGCUGCGAGGGAUGAAAGACGAUAAGAAAUGCAAAGUCAGCUCUUUUGACCUACCUUCCUUACACAUGCAGAACAUCCCGCCAAGCCCACGUCCACCUCCAGUUCCAAACAGGCCUGUGUCCUACACGCCUAGUAACCAUGCCGACUCCCUCAAUACUCUCAACAACUUUGACACUGUCAGGAACUACGGGAGUGCAGCAGACGACCUUGAAAACUGCCAUACAAACAUUCCAUACCAUGACCACUACUUCCAGACCUUUGCUCCUCCUCCCCCCAGGAGUACGGCCAGCAUGGCUCCGUCCCUCCCUCCACCACCUCCUUCAAACCCUCCUUCCGAUACUGACUCUAUACAGAAGGUGCCAUGGGAGAAUGAAUUCCCCAACAUGCUGGAGAACCAUGAAGAAAAGAAACAUCCAGAGAAGUUUAGCGGUAUUCCACGGUAUGCUCAUCCUAUGGGGCCUGAUGCAACAUCAUUCAGUAGUUUACCUGUCUCAGAGUCAGAAGAUGAACCAGCAGCUAGGAGGAAGAAGAACAAAGAUUACCACUGGGAUGCCUCUGACUGGGCCCCGCGACCGUCCCUACCCAACAUCAGCGAGGUACCAAUGAAGGAAGUUCCUGAUUCGCCCAGAUCUAGUCCCCAUAGUAACGACAGUAACACCCAUGUGUCUAGUUUUAUACAACCUCCACCCUGUAUGACCGAGAGUGGUGGCAUGUACACAGACCCAGAACUCCUCGAGUCCGAGUAUGUUGGAGAUUCUGAGUAUGCCGAGAACGAGUAUGAUACUGAUGACCAUGGCUACCCAAGCCCCCCUGACUAUCACCAGAUUUUGGGGCUGCCUCCUUUCCCCGAGAUCGAUGAGCAGGGUGGUGGACAGGAGGAUCCAUACCAUCUUCCUCAACACAAUUUACACAUGCACCCAGACCAAUACCUCCCCAACCACAGUUUCAGCCAGUCACACGAACAGGUUGGGGAGACGGGUAACGACCCACCGACAUACCCAGAGGUGGAAGUUAGUGAUGUUAGUGAUACAGAGGACAAUGAAAGUGUGGUACAAUAUGGCUUUCCCUCCAGUAGUAUGGGGAGGCGGCCCCGUGCCCAGGAAGGCGAGUACAACCCAGACUAUGGCCAGUCGGCUGCAUCUAUGAUUGACAACAUGAGUGUGUCUGUAGGUGGUUACACUUCGACAAAUGCCUCGUGCUCAGACAUUUCGGGGCUUUGUGAGAUAGAGGACAGUGAAGUAAAUCUAAGUGAGGAUGACAGUGCUGAUGAAUUGACACCUUUAAAUACUGAACAGUUACACACUGUGGUGUAACACUGUUCGAAGGAUUGAUAGAUGGGAUCAAAAAUGACAAGAACCCUAUUUUGUCUGACAACCAGACAAAUGGAAUGUGCGAGUGUGCAAGGGAGAAACUGCCUUUCUACAUCAGGGAAUAUUGCCCUCCUCUCAAAGCCAUCACAAGGGGCAGUCAUACAUUUCUGCAGCCUCUUUGAUAACAGGUGCUUUACUACAGAACUCACCUCCAACAGCUUGUUUCAUCCUCAUCAAAUGAUUAUGUUGUUAAUCUUGACUGCAUCAUAUAUUUGUGUUUCCAUGACAAUGGCUGAUGAUGGGGACCUACCUUUGAGUCUGAGUGGACACCAUAUUGAUUUUUAUAUUAUCACAUCUUCAUAAAUGUGCCAUCAUCACAGAUUUUGUUAGUAUUUAAUUAGGAAUGAUUAUGAAUUACUUUGUUUUAAUGUCUAAUUAUAAAAAAGGUUUUCCUCAAUUCCCAGAACAACCUUUGAUUUAGGUGGUGCUAUUAGAUUAAUUGUAUUCUCAGUAAAGAUUAUUAAGUUACUUUAGUUCUAAAGAAAAUUCAGUAACUGUUUCGCUGAUAUCUUUGCUGCAAUAGUAAUGUUUUGAAUCUCAGCAUAGUUCUGCCCUCUUCUUCCUGCAGUGUUAGUGGUUAUGUGUCACAUAUAUAUUAGCAUAAGUUUAAUUACAAUGAAUAGUUUAUCAGUGUAUAGAUAUUGUUUCAUACAUUAUUACCUCCCUGGUUCAUUGUGCUUAAUUAAUUCAAUAUUUUUUAACUGUGAAUGUCUUGGUUUCCUGAGAGGCACAGAAGCAAUGAGUGAAAUAGAUUUUCAAUUAGAUUAAGAAAAGAGAAUUUUUUAAGAAAAGAGAAUUUUUGGCAAGAAAAAAAAAUCUUAACCCUAGAUACUAAGCAUGAUAAUCUUGUAUUUAGAUAGAAGAUAUGAAAAAGAAUUUCACAUUGGUUUCAAUGAGAUAAAUUGUUGGAAUUUUUAUAAUAUUCAUAAAUUGGGUGAGGUUGUCAUUGACAAGGGGUUCCAUAGAUUUGACAGUCUAAAUACUAUUUUAAGCAAUUAUCCCUCUUUAAGGCUUUUCACGCUGACAAAGAUACAUUACCAAAUGGUUCAUGUUCUAUUAAUCAUCUGUUUAAGUGCAGAUGAACAAAAUUAUGAUUGUGCUAAGAAAGCCAACCCAGGCUACAAUGGUGAUAUUGAGCUAUGUGUCGGAAUAAAGGAAGUGUGUGUGUGAGAAAAGUAGCUAGAACAUCUGUGAUGUGAGAUGGGAAGUCUUAAAAAAAGACAUUUGAUAAUAAUUGUGUGAACUCUAAUUGAACAAGAUAAUUUAUUUUGCUAUAUUAACUGGUUGUGAUUAUCUGAAAGUCUAUGUUUUUGUAAAUGUUUGUGUAAAAUAGUGUCCGCUAUGUAUGUUCCUAUUAUUGUAGAUCUUGUAAUAUAUAUGUCAAUCCAUGUUUAAAAAUUGUAUAGUUUUAUACAAAAGAAUCAUUUUAAUAUAAUAUAUAGUAGCUGAUUUUAGCUGCUUCGUGUAAAUGCUUGACAGUUAUAUUCAUGACAUUUUAUCAGUGUCAUGUGAAUGCUUGACAAAUGUGUUUUGAACUUUAAUGACAUUUUAUCAGUGUCCUGACCUUCAGUUCACCUCAUUUGAUUCUAUACAAGUGAUUGUUACCUGUUUUGUUUUCAUUCUGGUUGUUUUGCACUUAUUUGUUUUAAUCAAAAAUGAUUUUCUGCCAAAGUUUGUUUGUGAUAGGAUGUAUCGAUGGCAUGGUUGUGUAUAAACAACUGAAGUAAGAUACUGUCAGAUAAGUGCUGAAGGAAAGAACUCACCAGGAUCUAAUACUUGUUUGUAGUAAUUUUACAAGACUGGAGUCUGAAAUAUGUUAGAGGAUUUUAAAAUAGAUGAGGUUGAACCAAAUUUCUUAGUGAUAAGCAGAAUUUUGUAUCAGGCCAGGUUGUCUUGAGAAAGUAUGAAAAAAAAUUCUUUUGAGAAAAAUUUACUUUAUUUCAGAAUUGCAAGGACAAUUCAUCUGUUAGAAAUGUUUUGUUAAUUUGAGAACCUGGUAUAACCUUUUAAAUUAAUCAUUCAAUAAUCCAGAACUGUAACUGGUGUAAACUUACAAGGCUCUACUUUUGGUGAUUACAAUGCUUUAUUAUUGUAUUGUAACCCUUAUUGAUUUUGUGGUUCUAGUUUUAAGCAAGUUUAAAAUAUUUGUAAUAGGUAAUUAGGAGUUGCACGGUUUCCUGUGUCCAGUCUGUGUAGUUUGUGAGAGUUAUCCCCCUUUAUAUACACUAUGGUAUACACUAGUUAGGCUGUUGUGAUAUCCUCAAUGUUUCAUAACUUCCUAGUGGAGUAGGUAUGUUGUGCUUGGAAAGGAGAGUAAAACUGGAUUAUUAGCAUGUUAAUGUAAGUGUAAAUCUAUGAUUAAUUGCAAUGCGUUAUGAUUGUCAAUGCUCAAAAUGCUGCCUCUUGUUCCAAAAACGAAUAUUUGAAAGCAAGGCUAACACUUUAUUUACAAAUGUGCUGUUUUUGAAGAAUUUUUUUCUUUUCUUUAUUUUUUACCAGUAUUCUGAGAGAGAAAAUUAUAGAAAUUACAAAGUAGGUGUACAUAAUGUACAUUUCAGUGUUCAAAUGAUAAAACAUCUGUGUUGAUAAGUAAUUGGUACUGUAUAACUUCCGUUAGAAAUGUGUUAUUUUAUUGAAGCUUAUUUCGUUAUUUAAAUGUAUAACAUCAAGGGUAUAGAUAUAUGAAUUUUAACAUCAAGGGUAUAGAUAUAUGAAUCGGUGUUGUAUAAAUAUAAUAUCUGGAGAAAGGCCACCAUCUGAACAUGUGGGAAGGUGUUAAUACCAUAGGUAGAUUAUUGUUCAAGAUUGGAUUUUUGGGAUCCCUCUGAAAACUCCAUGCUAUGACCUCAUUACCAGUAAGUGUACUUGGAGUCACUGUGUUUUGUUUUAAUUUUACUUAUAAUAUCAAUGAAAGUACAUACUGGGUAAACAUACUAUUUUUGUUAUUUUUUUCUACUAUUACAAGAAUUAGUUAUAUAUUUGGAAUCAAAAGAAAUAAUUAAAAAAAAUCAAUUACAUUAUAUAAUCAUAAAUCAUCUGUCAUAUUGUAAAUUUCAGUUUAAAAUGAAUCAUGUUUCAUUUUCUUCGAAGCCACCACGUGUUUUAGUACUUUGUUAAUAUAGGGCAAUUUUAAGGUCGUGUAGCCAUAGUAACGAGCAUAACCUGAUACAACCACAGUCUGUUGUAGUUAGAACUGUUCAGAACUGUUCACUCUAUGUAGAUAUAUCCACUGCAUAGACGAACGAUAAAAUCAUGACAACUGCCAUGAAGACCUAUUGUAUGGUGUUUUUGAGGAGAAAUCUGAAGUAUAUAUGUAAUAGAAAUGUGUACCCUUGAAUGGAAUCAGUGUGUAAUUGUAAUCACACAUCUAUGUGUCUGUCUGUGGGUUGUGGAAGGUUGUAUGUGGUAUGGAUGAUGAAGGAAAGAAAGGGUUGAUAUUGUUCUAUGUUACAUUGAUUCAUACAAAGCCUUCAUCAUCUUAUUUCAAAAGCUUGUUUCAUGGUAAAUAACCAUUAAAAAUAACAAAAAUACCUUGAAAAAAAUCAAUAAAAUUUAUGAAAUUUUUA